AUGCCCGCGUUUGUCGGCCUCCGUCUGCCUCUCACAGUGCUGUGCCUCCUGGUACUCAGCUCUGCGCUGUGCGUGACUGAGGUUCUCGGAUGGGGCUGCGUGGGCCACAUGCUCCUCGCCGAGAUCGCGCACCGUCAGCUGAACGAUGAAAACAAGGAAAAGCUUGACGCGAUGGCGCACGCAUUUGCGCAGAGCGGCCCGUUCGAGUCGUCCCCGGACAUGGUGCAGGCCGCAUGCUGGGCGGAUGACGUGAAGCGUUGGGGUCAGUAUGCCAUGGCCACGUGGCACUUUUUCGCUACGCCGUACAACCCCGAAGACAUCAAUAUCACCGAUCCGGUCGCUACAGUCAAUGCCGUCACGGUGUCCCGCAAUAUGGUAACAUCGCUUCGACGUACGAAUGCGCCGCUGUACCUGCUAAACUUCGCUUGGGUGAACCUGGUGCACAUCCUUGGCGAUCUGCACCAGCCCCUGCACACCAUCUCCAGGUACUCCUCUAAGUACCCGCACGGAGACAAAGGAGGCAAUGAGGUUGAGGUUCAGGUAGGCAAAAGAAAGGUGAACCUGCAUGCCGUCUGGGAUAAUAUUUGCAGUGGCACGCCUCCACGCUACAAGCGGCCCCUCUCUUACACCGACCUCUUCGCCCUCGCUGCGACAGCGGACCGGCUGCUGGAAACGUACACCUUCCCAGAAGCGUUGCGGACACUCGUGGACGUGGUGGCGAUUCACGAGGAGAGCCACAUGUUUGCGGUAAACACCAGCUACCCCGGCGUAACACCAGGUGCGACUCUCAGCGAUGCUUAUCUUGCUCGAUGCAAGCGUGUCGCUGAGGCUCGACUGACGCUUGGUGGCUACCGCCUCGGCUACCUUCUGAAUGAGCUGCUGCCGAGUAUCCCUGUGGACGAGGCCACACUGGAGGCGUACCGCGCUGCACGUUGGAAGCGGAGUGCGUAA